AUGACGACGAAACGACGGAACCAUGGAAGAAACAAGAAGAACCGGGGACGUUGUACAUUCAUUCGCUGCACGAAUUGUGGCCGUUGUUGUCCGAAGGACAAAGCCAUUAAGAAGUUCGUUGUGAGGAAUAUUGUAGAGGCCGCUGCUGUUCGUGACAUUGGAGAGGCUUCUGCAUACAUGCAGUAUGCUCUGCCGAAACUUUACCACAAAUUGCACUACUGCGUCGCCUGUGCUAUACACAGUAAGGUGGUCCGUAACAGAUCUCGAGAUGCUCGUAAGGACCGCAACCCUCCUCCACGCUUUGGUCAACGCAAUGCUCAAGCACGUCCUGGAGUUCCCGGUUCACGUCCGUGA